AUGAGUGCUGGCGGGUGGGGCAGCAUGGAGGCCACCUCAGUUCCUAAGCCUCCACCUGGCGCCUGUCUGAACCCUCUUGGUUGUCUGAUUAGGCUAUUUCGAUUGACGGGCGCGUCAGAUAAUCGAAAAGCCAGGAAGCUGGAGGACGCUCCAGGUUCCGUUUUUUGGGAGGUUGGAUGGCCACCGGAGGGCACCUUUCACCUUGACAGGAUUCUUGCUGUUAAGACUAAGACUCUCCAAGCAGAGGGGGACCAUCCUGAUCAGGUACCUUAUGUCCUAACCUGGGAGGAUAUUGUUCGCCAUCCACCCCCCUGGGUGCGCCCCUUUGUUCUCCCCACAGAGACUCCAUCAACAACUGUUUGUGCGGUUAAGGAAGAGGAGAAAAAGAAAGUGCUCACUUCUCCAGGAGCAGACCUCCUCCUUUUUGACCUUCUGCCCCCUUAUCCACCAGCCAUGGCCCCUACCCCUGCCAGUUCCCUGGCCGGUUCUCCUGCCAGACCUCCGACCAUUUCCCCUGUCAGUUUCCCAGAGGCUGUCAGUUCUCCCUCGGGGCCUAAGGCGGGGCUAGCAUGCAACUUUUCUAGUCCCUUCACAGGUCCCUCAUCAGGAGCUGUUGGUCCCUCAGAGCUGCUGCCGCAGACACCAUCGGCGCCUCCGCAGACACCGCCAGAGGUCCCCCUGCACUCACCAGCUGACACUGCUCAGAAUGAACGGGGCCCAGCAGCUGGAACACGAAGUCGCAGAGCAACCCAGCUGGACUCGGUGGCUCUCCCGUUGCGAGCCUAUGGAUUUCCAGAGGGGGAUGGGCAAUACCCCUUUCAACCCACCAAUUUGACUAAGGUAAGAGAAGUGGUCCAGGGGCCAGAGGAAUCUCCUGAAGCCUACUUAGAAUGGCUGAUGGAUGCAUUCCGCUGGUUUACUCCCUAUGACCCUGCUUCAGAUGAGCACAGGGCAACAGUGGCUUCAUGGGUUCAAGGGGCAACUGGAUGUAAGCAAUAUACAUGGACUACCCGAAGAACAGUGGACCUUGGAGUGGGCCGGGUAUCCCACUCGUUCUUAGUCAUGCCUGACUGCCCAUACCCAUUGCUGGGACGGGAUAUCCUGACCAAAAUAGGAGCCCACAUCUAUUUUAACCCAGAAGGCCCACAGGUUACAGAUAAAAGAGGGGAUCCUAUUCACGUGCUUACAAUUCACUUGGAAGAUGAAUACCGGCUAUUUAAAAAUUUAAAAGAGGGGGAAAAAGACAUUGACUGGUGGGUAAAAAAAUACCCUGAGGCCUGGGUUGAAACAGCUGGCUUAGGGAAAGCAAGAAAGCAACCGCCAGUCCAGAUAGAGCUAAAACCUCAGGCAGCCCCAGUUGCAGUGUGGCAGUAUCCAAUGUCUAAGGAAGCCCAUGAUGGGAUUCGCCCUCAUAUACAGUGGCUCCUUGACCUAGGGGUUUUGAAAAGGUGUCAAUCUGCUUGGAAUACUCCAUUACUGCUGGUCCAGAAGCCUGGGAGCAACGAUUAUCGGCCUGUGCAAGACCUGAGGGAAGUUAACAAACAGGUUAUGGACUUACAUCCAACAGUCCCCAACCCGUAUAACCUGCUGAGCUCCCUUCCCCCUGACAGAGCCUGGUAUACUGUUCUAGACCUUAAAGAUGCAUUCUUUUGUCUUCAACUUAGCCCUGCCAGCCAAGACAUUUUCGCUUUUGAAUGGAAAGAUCCCGACUCCGGGGUCUCGGGCCAACUAACAUGGACUCGACUUCCCCAAGGAUUUAAGAAUUCUCCUACCAUAUUUGAUGAAGCCCUGCACCGAGACCUGGCACACUUCCGGGCCACAAAUACUCAGGUAACGCUUCUCCAGUACGUGGAAGACAUCUUACUAGCUGCAGAUUGUCAGAAAACCUGUCUCAAAGCCACCGGCCAACUGUUACAAAAAUUGGGCGAACUCGGCUAUAGAGCAUCAGCAAAGAAGGCCCAGAUAUGCCGGAAACAGGUCAGUUACCUGGGGUAUAUACUAAAGGAAGGAAAAAGAUGGUUAUUGGAGGCUAGAAAAGAGACUGUGUUUCAUAUUCCCCCUCCAUGAACUACAAAACAACUGAGGGAAUUUCUUGGUACAGCGGGGUUUUGCCGAUUAUGGAUUCCUGGGUUCGCUGAAAUGGCAGCCCCUCUGUAUGCCCUUACAAAGGGCAAUGACUCUUUUUCCUGGGGAAAAGAUGAACAGGCUGCAUUUGAUAAUAUUAAACAGGCUUUAAUGUCAGCUCCAGCCUUGGGACUUCCUAAUGUCACUAAACCUUUUCAUCUCUAUGUGGCCGAGAACCAGGGAAUGGUUAAAGGGGUGUUAAUUCAAAAGAUUGGACCCUGGAAGAGACCUGUAUCUUAUCUAUCUAAAAAGCUUGAUCCAGUAGCAGCAGGAUGGCCGACCUGCCUUCGGAUAAUAGCAGCAGUCGCCGCAUUGGUAAAGGAUGCUGACAAGCUGACCUUGGGACAAGAUCUUACUGUUUAUGCCCCUCAUGCCCUUGAGAGUGUUGUCAGACAGCCACCUGAUCGCUGGCUCACGAAUGCGCGCAUGACUCAUUAUCAAACUUUGCUUUUGAAUAAUGACAGGAUUACUUUUGCCCCAGCAACGGGGCUAAACCCUGCCACCCUGUUACCAGAUCCAGAGAUUCAGCCCCCAGAGCAUGAUUGCUUGCAGGUGUUGGCGGAAGAACAGGGUUGGCGAAAGGACUUAAAAGACCAGCCUCUGCCAGAUGCUGAGGUGACAUAUUACACAGAUGGGAGUAGCUUUUUGGAAAAUGGAAAAAGAAAAGCGGGAGCAGCGGUGGUGGAUGGACACAAGGUAAUAUGGGCCCAAGCGCUGCCUGAAAGCACCUCUGCUCAACGAGCAGAACUAAUUGCCUUAACUCAAGCAUUAACUUUGGGGAAAGACAAAAAGAUAAACAUCUACACUGACAGCUGGUACGCCUUUGCUACGGCCCAUGUGCACGGGGCCAUCUACCAGCAGAGAGGCCUAUUGACGUCAGCUGGUAAAGAAAUUAAAAAUAAAAAUGAAAUCUUGGCCUUGCUCAAUGCCUUACUACUGCCCACCAAGGUAAGCAUAAUUCACUGCCUGGGACAUCAGAAGGGAAAUUCCAAGGCAGCAAAGGGAAAUAACAUGGCUGAUCAGGAGGCUAAAGCAGCUGCUAGAGGAAAGGAUGACCUGGAGCAAAUACAGAGAAAACAAGGGACAUUCAAUGCUAAUGUGGGAGUUGACUCCAAAGGUAAGGUCAUUUUGCCACAGGAAGAUGCUAAGAGACUAAUAGCGCAAAUGCAUCAAUGGACUCAUUUAGGGGCAAGGAAAUUGACUGAAAUUGUUCUCCAAUCUCCUUACCGAAUACUAAACCUCACUGCUCUAACUGAAAAAGUGACUCAGACAUGUAUCCCUUGCCAAAAGGUAAACGUAGGAAAGAAUUUCCAAAGCUCGGGAAAACGGUUAAGGGGAACUAGACCUGGAAUGCAUUGGGAAGUGGACUUUACCGAGAUCAAGCCGGCCAGGUAUGGAAAUAAAUAUCUUCUAGUCUUUGUAGAUACCUUCUCAGGAUGGGUGGAAGCUUUUCCCACUAAGAAAGAGACUGCUCUGGUUGUAGCCAAGAAGAUUUUAGAAGACAUUUUUCCCCAGUUUGGAGUUCCAAAGGUAAUCGGGUCAGACAAUGGGCCAACCUUUGUUGCUCAGGUAAAUCAGGAGGUAGCCAGAUUUUUGGGGACUAAUUGGAAAUUACAUUGUGCAUAUAGACCCCAAAGUUCAGGACAGGUAAAAAGCAUAAAUAGAACUCUAAAAGAGACCGUUACUAAAUUGACCAUGGAGAGUGGAGGUGACUGGGUGGUACUCCUCCCUCUGGCUCUUUUUAGGGUCAGGAAUACUCCUUCCUUGUUGAAUCUCACGCCUUUUGAACUAUUGUAUGGAGUUCCUGCUCCCUUGACUCUCCUGGGAGACCCUCUUGACAUAACUAGUGGUAACUCUGACUUGUUGUCCAGGUUAAAGGGACUGCAGCUUAUUCAAAAAGAAAUCUGGAACAAGGUUGGCAGUGCAUAUGCGCCAGGAUCCUUAGAGGUGCCACAUCAGUUCCAAGUUGGAGACUUGGUUUAUGUACGGCGACACCGUAGUCAAAAUUUGGAACGCCGGUGGAAAGGUCCUUACUGCAUCCUGCUCACCACCCCAACGGCUGUGAAGGUAGAAGGCAUUGCUGCUUGGAUCCACGCAUCACACGUCAAACCCGCUCCAGAGGACUCCACUUCUGACUGGAAAAUCCAGCCCAGUGACAAUCCCUUAACACUUAAACUUGUUAAGAAUGUUAGCCGUGGGUGAUAUCCACAAACUGCUGGUGCUUUUGGCUCUGUUAAGCACUUACAAUACUUGCUUGGGCUCCAGUCUUCACCAGCCCAAACUUUUGACUUGGGAAGUAACUAAUCAGAGACAUAUUAUAAUUUGGUCUGUUUCAAAGAUAGCCCCACCCUUCACAUGGUGGCCGGACUUGUACCCUGACCUUUGUAAAAUGGCUCUAGGAGCACCUGCUAACUGGGAUUUGCAAAGCCACCUAGACCCCAACGUGG